AUGAAUGACGAGCAGCGAAUCGCUCGUAUCGGCGAGCUUUUCGCUAGAGUUGACCCUCAGGUCUUGAUCAUCGGAUUUGCGCCUGGCACCCACGAUGAGAUUGUCAAUGCCCACAUCAACAUCAUGAACGCCAUCGCUCAAUUCUAUGAAAUCUUGAGAUCUUAUCAUCUUCACGACUUCCUCAAGCAUGGUAACUACCUCCACGAUUGGCUUACAGCAGGUGAGUCUGACCCCAACCUUCUUCUGAGUAAGAUCGUGUAUGACCUUAGUGACAACAUCGAGAUCAUCACAACUCACGACCUCGAAUAUGCCUGCAUCGUCCCGCUCGCUGAGUACACUCCUCACAUGGUCCUAGGGAGACAAGCUCCUUUUCCUGUCAUCACGCCUCCUUCCUUUCUGCCAAGCUACAUCCCGACUCCCACCAUUCUGCCAAGCUACGUCUCCGACCCUGCGCGUCGACUUGUGCUCCGCUACUCUCCUGAGCCAGAGAUGCUCGAGGGAGACGCACCCAACCUGGAUCCACAGGUGCUCGAGGGGUUCGUCCCCAAUCUGGCUCCUGUGGACACUGAAGAUGUCACUAUAGCUAUGGACACUGAAGACGCUACUAUGUCUGAUGUCGAGAACAAUCCCUCCGUUGAUGUUGAGAUGCCUCCUCCGGCUCGAUCUGAUGAUCCUCUCGCUCCCGUCUACCCUGAGAUGCCUCCUGAUGACCUCCCUACUUCACCUCUUUUCUCUAGGCCAACUCCAGGCCCUGUCCCUAUGUCACCUGCUGCCGUUCUUCCUGCCUUUACUCCUGUCGCUCCCGCUCCUGUUCUUCCAACUACCACCAACGCUCCUCUAGUCGAGAUUCGUGACACCAGUAUACCAAUCGAUCAGAGAAGGGUCUUCAUCUGCAUCCUCUGUGCACGUGGGUUCACUAGAGCCGGUGAUCUUGCCCGUUAUUGGCGCACCGUUCAUCGCGGUCUCCAACAGCAGUAA